AAGCAUAGCUCAAAUAUGUCACAAAAUGAAAAUGCUGCAAAGAGUAACCAUAUGUCAGAAUAUAGUGGGAACCAGCAAUUAGAGAACCACCACAACCAAGAUUUUUCGGCAAGCAGUCAUUUUAAUAGGCAAAUAUCUAAUCAUUAUGAGGGAACAGUUCCAUACAAUGCAAAAGCAAUUCAAAAUCAAAAUGACCAACGAUUUCUCCCUGGUGGGGGUUUCAGUCAUCAAUUUAGUCAGCCAACACUCCAGCAACAUGAGGAGAAGCAUGCCUCAAAUGAUUAUUAUGGGACUCAAACUACAGCCAAUUAUUCCCAGCAAGCAUUUCAGAGCAGCCAGCAGUUUGGUCAUGCUCCCACUGCAGGAAGAUCAUCUGCUGGCCGUCCACCACAUGCUUUGGUUACUUUUGGUUUUGGUGGAAAACUGAUUGUGAUGAAAGAUUAUAGUUCUUCUGGAAACUCAUCCUUUGGAAGUCAGAAUCCUGUAGGAGGUUCAAUAUCUUUGCUCAAUUUGAUGGAUGCUGUCUCUGAGAGAGUUGACAGUUCAAGUCUUGCGAUGGGGGCAUGCGACUAUACCCGAGCUUUGUGUCGACAAUCAUUCCUUGGUCCACUAGUUGGUGGUAGUCCCAGUAUCAAGGAGUUGAAUAAAUGGAUUGAUGAGAGGAUUUCAAAACUCUGAAUCUCCUGACAUGGAUUUACAGGAAAGGCGAAGUUUUGAGGUUGCUUCUGUCAUUGCUAAAAAUAGCAUGU